AUGGAGGUGCCGUCUACCUCUACAAAUCAUCAUAGUGAACUUGAUGAUGUCAAACAUGAUGAGAAUCAUAAAGCUAUAUCUUGUAAAUUAAUAAAUAGUGGUACAGAUGAAUGUCCUUCUCAUAUGUAUUCUUCAUCUUCAUCUUCUCCUUAUACAACUGGGAAAUCUCGUAGAAGACGAUGUCCAAAUGCUAAAUCAACAUCAAAAGAUUUAAACAGCGAAAAUAUUGCACAUAAUGCUACUGUUUAUAAUAAUAAUAUCUCAUUUGAUGUACAUGAUGGACACCAGUUUACACGCUUCCUCAAUAUGAUAAGGUACAUAUACGAUUAA